AAAUACAUAAAAAUAGGUAAUAUUUUUCAUAAAUACUUCUAACACAAUGUCUUACCGUCUUUUGCCACCUACUUAUGUCGUUUCCAGCCAGAAGAAACCUAUUCGUCAAAUAAAAAUUCACUAUAAACGGUGAAUCAGCAGUAUUCUUCAGAAUUCUUACCUGACUUCUCUGGAGAUUCGCUACCUCGCGCCAAUCUCUUGCGUUUGGCAGUAUUUUUAUACUGUGGAGGAAGCCGGAGCGAGAAGGGCUGAUGACAAGGCGGCUACGGAAUACGUCUUGAAUGUGAAAAUUGUCUGUAAAAGACGCGUGUGUAAAUAACAGAGCACGGCAGGGCUACUUACGGAAACGGUUGUCUCCCGUGAGUGUGUUUUAAACAGGAGGGGUGGCACUCACUUGCCACAGUGGUGGCCCGUGCGGGGGGGUAGUAGUAAACACAGUACACAGAGGAGACAACAUGGAGCACAGCCAGGAGCAGGGGGAAACGCCACAACCGGUGGUAGCGCUGGCAAGGAUGCUGGAGGGGAUGGCGGCGAUGCAGGAGUGGCAGGCGGCGAUGCACGCCGAACAGCUGGAGGCUCUGCGGGCGCAGACCUCCCUCCAGACGCAGGCUCUACUGCAGCUGGCGGCUGCGGGAGAAACCAGCUCCCGAGAGCAACAGACCGGACCCCCCGUAGCUCUCCAUCUUCCAAAAAUGACCCCGGAGGAUGACGCGGAGGCAUUCCUUGAGGGGUUUGAGGUGGCCGCGAGGGCAAGUAAAUGGCCGGAGGAGGAGUGGGUCGUCCGCCUCCUGCCCCUCUUAACUGGGGAAGCACAACAAGCUGCACACAGCUUACCCCCCACAGCGCGGACGGUCUAUGUCAACCUGAAGAAGGCGGUCCUGGACCGCCUGGGAUACAGCCCGGAAGAACACCGGUGGCGGUUCAGGGAGACGGCCUUGGAGAAGACCGACCGUUCGCAUAUGCCCAGAGACUGCUGGACAUGGCGCAUCGGUGGCUGCGACCGGAACUCCGGUCAGCCGACGAGGUGGUGGAGCUGGUGGCCCUCGAACGUUUUAUCGAUGGCCUCCCGGGGGAGACGGCGAAUUGGGUGAGGUGCCAUCGGCCGACCGGGUUGGCGGCCGCCGUCACCCUGGCGGAGGACCACCUGGCGCUCUACCUCCGCGGCCAGUCACAGCAGCAGCAGCAGCAGCAGCAAGGACGGGCAGACCCGGCUCCGCGCAGGAGAGCCCUUCCUCGUUCCCUUCCUUCCCCCCUUUCUUCCUCCCUUCCCCGUGCCCAAACCCCCGCAUUUUCCCGCAACAACCCUUUUUUUUCUGUUUCCCCAGCCCCAGGCUCAGUGGCGACGGGAUACGACCCACAGAGAGCUCCUCAGACGCCCGGACCGGGGUGUUGGCGGUGCGGACAACCGGGUCACCUGCGCCGCGAGUGCCCACUCAUGGAGGUGGAGCAGGUGGUUCGUGUUGUCGGCCCGCCCACCUCCUCUCCCGACCCAGACGGAGCGUACUGUAUUCCGGAUGAGCUGCCAUCACCAUAUCCAACUGUCCAGGUGCAGGAUGUCACUGACUGGAGGUCUGUGCUCACUCGAAGAGUCUCUGCAGUGGUCAAAGUGGUGGGCUGCCGGUCUGCAGGGCUCUUAGUGUGGAUGAAGGCGUCAUCGCUGCAUUUUCUGCCUACUUCGUUUACAACUUAGCGUAUCCAUCUCGUCUGAAGAACACCCUGGUUUUCAUUCAGCGGUAACUUCUGAAAAUUUCUGAGGAUGAUGACAAGCCUCUACCUGUAACAGUGACCAGGGUAAUUAACCUUUUGGAUUAAUGUCUGCCAGCAAUGCCUCGUCCAUUCUGUUGUCCUAAAUGCUCUCGGAGAGCUUUCACGCUGGUUAAGUUAAUCCAGCACAUCGGUCUUAUUCAUGCACACGAGCCAAAUUUUACAAUAACUUGUGGCCUUAAUAACUGUCAAUCAACAUUUUCAAAAUACGAGUCCUUCAGACGCCAUAUUUACCGGAAGCAUAAAGACAUUAUAUUGCCUGUGGCCACUGCUCAUGACAUCCAGGAAACAGCAGUGGAGGAGGAUGAGCAGGGGCCCAGUGGUGUUGUCGAUGAAUGAACUGUUGCUGCAAUUUAGAGAAACCUUUUUGGCUUCAUUCUGAAAUGUAAGAAAAAAAGACACCUUCCUCAGGCUGUACAACAAGAAAUACUGGAUGAUGUACAUUUAUUGUUUUACUUCUUCAAGGAAAACUAUGAUGCAUUUCUUGUGUAUCAUCUUCCAAAUCCAAUAAAUCCAAACUUGAAAUGACUGAACCUGUAGACUAUGCGCUGAGAGACUCAAGUGGUCGUAAGAUUGGAAGCUACUCUUAUGUUCCUAUUUGUGAUGUACUUCAGAAAUACUGCUCUCACAAGGAUGUUUGGGAUUAUGUGCAGACAGAGCAAAACUGUGAAAGAGAUGUACACGUUCUAACUGAUUAUAGAGAUGGACUUUAUAUCAGGAAUCACAAAGUCUUUGCAGAUCAUCCAGAUGCUCUAAGGCUGCACCUAUAUGAGGAUGCAUUUGAAGUGUGUAAUCCACUGGGUUCUAAACACAACAGGCACAAACUUUGUGCAAUUUACUACACUGUUGGAAACGUAGGUUCAAAGUACUGUUCACAGCUAAAACAUAUUCAUCUAGCUUUACUAGCAUUACUGUCACGUCAAACAGUUUUAUUUAGACGUUAUUUUGAAACCGUUACUGGAUGACCUUGAGAAGCUGUCAUUUGAAGGACUGAGUAUCAUUGCUAAUGGCAUGCAGAAACGUGUUUAUGGAGCUGUAGCUGUCAUAUUGGGAGACAACCUGUCAUCUCACAUGAUAGGUGGAUUUAACAUGUCUGUUAGUUCUGGUAGAAUCUGUAGAUAUUGCUUGGCUACUCAUUCCGACAUGAAAAAAAACUUCAGUGAAGUUCAGAUUUUGUUUUAAGAAAUACUGAUGUACACAGAUACCACCUAGAGUGUGUGAAACAAAAUCCAGAAAACAAAGGAAUGUAUGGAGUUUGUGGUGGAUGUGUAUUUGACCAGUUAGAUUACUUUGAUGUCACAACAUAUCUUCCUCCAGAUGUCAUGCAUGAUUUCUUGGAGGGUGUAGCACCGUUGGUGUUGAGGCUUGUUGUAAGUAAAGCUCAUUGUGAAAAACACAUUACCAUACAAGAACUAAAUGAUGAACUGAGAAAAAUGUCAUUUGGACAAAAUGAUAGGACAAAUAAGCUUGUGCCUCUGUCAGAAAAACUUUUACAGGACUUCAAUGUUGUUGGAUCUGCUUCACAGAAGUGGUGUUUAUUCCGCCUGCUUCCUUUUUUGAUGGCACACAGGGUACCUGAAGGCUGUAGCUACUGGCGGAUCUAUUUAUUAUGCCGUGAAAUUGUUGACAUAGUAAUGGUGCCAGUUGUUAAAAAAGAGUAUCUUCCUCUUCUUGACCAAUUAGUUUCUGAGUUUUUGUAUGGCAUGGAAGAAGAGUUUGGAAAUGUCAUUACUCCAAAAUGUCAUUACUUGAUGCAUUAUUCCUGCCUGAUGUUGUCCUAUGGUCCUUUACGGCCUUUAUGGUGCAUGAGAUUUGAAGGGAAACAUCAAUAUUUCAAACAGGUAGCUAGUUCCUCUAGGAACUCUGUCAAUGUUACAUCAACUUUAAGCAGCCGCCAUCAAUAUAGACAGUGUUGGGAAUUUUCCUCAACUAAUAUGUUGGGAGAGUAUGAGAAGGUUGUGGGACACAGUGUGAGCACACUGUUACAGUCUCUUCCUUCAGCUCUUCAGCAUUCCAUAACUGAUUUUCAGGACAUAACACUUUUAGCAAGUAACAGAGUUAGUGAUGAAUAGUGUUAAGUACUGUGUGAGAGAUGUCUUUGUUGUGGGUCACAUGCACUCCGAAGAUAUUCCUUUGUUUUUUCAGAUUAAAUAUAUUCUUAACAUACACACAGAUUGGGCGUUAUGUGGAAAAUUAUUAAUUCCUCUUUCCUUCUGUUAUCAUUACUAUGCCUACUUGGUGAAAUAUGAGAAGGACUGGACUGUCCUUGACCCUUUUGAGGUGGUUGAUCAUCAAGCUUUGGACACAUACAGUGUUGAUGAUAAACUGCUUGUUAGUAUGUGGCAUUUAUGUUAAAAACGAAAACCAAAUACGGUGCUCCCUCGCUAUACCGCCCCUGUUAUAACGCCAUGCACUCACCUACUGCCAACAAAUCUUCAUGCCUAAAUGUCAACUAGUCCCAUAGAAAGCCAUUGUUUUUAUCCCCCGCUAUACCGCCACCCCCUGCUAUCACCAACUUUCCCCCUUGGUUUUUGAGCGGCGGUAUAAAGAGGGAGCACUGUACUACAGUUAAUUGAGUUUGUUCAGUAGGUCUCAGUUAUCAAUGUAGUAAAAUGUGCAUUUUAAUGGUGAUGGUAUUUGUAUUUUAAUGUUUUAUUGUUUUUUGACGAGAUCCUAAAACUUAUGUAGUUCAUUUUAUGCUGUGCAUUUUAAUGAUGAUGUUACUAGGCUUUGGACACAUACAGUGUUGAUGAUAAACUGUUUGUUAGUAUGCUUGCAUUCCUGUAAAAAAACGAAAACCAAAUACUACAGUUAAUUGAGUCUGUUCAGUAGGUCUCAGUUAUCAAUGUAGUAAAAUGUAUGCAAAUUGGGGGGGGCAUGAACUGCUGUGCACUUUGCAUUUUUUGACAUGAGAUCCCCUCGGAUAAGACUGUUAUGUAUGGGUAGUUCAUUUUAUGCUGUGCAUUUUAAAGAUGAUGUUACUUUGUAUUUUAAUGUUUUGUUGUUUUUUGACAUGAGGUCCCUGUGGAUAAAAUUGUUAUGUAGUUCAUUUUCAGGACUAGAAUAAAUUUAUAUUCAA